AUGAUCGCACGAAAUAAUCUUGGUCUCUUCCUUUCAAAGAGUUAUUUUAAUUUCGAAGUAUCACUUCUCCAAAAAACGGUUGUUGUUAUACAUGGCGAUGACUUUAUUCAUUUUAUAUUGAAGAACAUAAUUGGUUUUAAAGAUAAUGAUCAUAAUGAGUUCCUUCUUUUCUCAAUGACGGCUUCUAAGUUGAUAAGCCAAGUACAAAUGUGUGACAUUCAACCACUCUUCAUUUUUGAUGGUUGCACUAAAGUUGGACAGAACCAAUCACGCUACAAUAAUCAGAUGUGGUCCGUAAUCAAUCGUUACAAAUCAUCAUUUGCAGAUGUGUUGUCAUUCUUUCAAAUAAAAUACAUGACAUCAUUGUAUUCAGCUCAGUUUGAUGCUGCUUCAUUAUCCAUAUAUUUACAUUGUCCGUUUAUAGCAUCCAGUUAUGAUAUUUACUACAUGUUUCCUGCUCAAGCUACUAAAACUGAAGCAAAUAUUAUGCAAGAAUUAAUCUACGUCCCGAUCCAUCUCCUAGAUUUUUUUAGCUGCAAAAAUGAUGCUAUUAUUUUGUCUCAUGUUUUCCACCAAAAGUUUUCUCGUAUUUCGUCAGUUGUACCCCAUUUACGACCUCUAUUAAGUGUACUGUAUGCUGGGCGAUCCGAGGUACGUGCUAAUGUAUGUAAGCAGUUAAAAUAUAGUAAGACAGAUUACUCCAACUACACUAGUCCUCAUUUAUAUGAAUGGUUUGUUCUAGUUAACUGGUUGGUAAAUUCAUCCAAUGUAAAUUAUGUUACACUUUAUGAGUAUGUUAUUCAAGAACAUCGUACUGAAGAACGACAAAGCGUGACUGAGUAUCUUCUUGAUUGUAUUGCGGCUUUCAUGGAUAAUGUUCUAGAAAGUGGACAUGAAAUAGCAUCUCACUUUUGUUUGGUAAACCCCAGUUCCAAUGUACCUGAGGGUAGGCUGAUUGAGAUUAGUGAAGAAACUAAUGCUUCAAUAAGCUUGCAACAUAUGAGUCGUCUGACCAAUCAACUCAACGCCAAACAGCCAAUAAAGUUCAAUUUUACUCAUGAUUGGCCUCUUAAUUUGAUAGAACUGUAUCGAAAGGUUAGACUUUCUCCAGCUAUUAUUGAUAUUUUACACCACUCCAUUAAAAAACCGUUUCUGUCAGUUCAUGCUUACUCCGUCAAUUUACGAUUACUUGUUUACCGAAUUCUUUACGGAUUAGAGCGUUGUGCAGGUGUAAAACUAAAUCCAAAUAUAACUGAGUACACAUGGGUCAGUGAUGAUAUGUUAACCGAGCUCCCUCUCACAAUUAGUCCUCUUAUGAAUUCGAAUAAAAGUAAUUCAGUGGAUGAAAUAGUAAGCAGUCAGUUGAAUAUCCCUCUUCCGCAACACACAUCCCAACCUGAUUGGAUUUUUACUUUGGCUGUAACUUUAGCAUUUUGGCAUCAACAACAUAUCAAUAAUGCCGACGAAGGCCAUGAACGUCAUUUCGAAAAUUCCCCAAUUGGUUUAGCUAUUGCAACUUGUGCUGUAGUCAAUGUUUUCAAUAUUGAUUUCAUGAGUAGCAAUUUAUACGAACACUACACGCGGUGGAUUAACUUCAUCAGAAACGAAACAUCACUUGCUUACGAACGUGCUUCGUCAAUAAAUCAGUCUCCAUUAUCUUCUACGAAAUCUGUUACGGAACAAAACUUAUCAAACCUAAUUGCAAUUCAACAUAUCUACAACGAAUUACAAACCGUUGUCUCAUUACUAAACUGUUUAGCAGGGGAUGAGAAUAAAUCUAAAUUCUUUAAUUUUCUGCCUUGUUGGGUUUUGUUCCCUUCCUUUCAUUUAGUAGAUUGUCUUUCUCAUCAUUUAGACAAUCAGUUGCCCUCUAUUCGAUUAAUUCACAUAACAAGUUACUGGAUACCUCGAUUAUAUUGUGCUAAAAAAUCUAACAAUCUGAUAACUGAUAUUAUAAACAUUUGUAAACGCUUAGUUAAUACUGUUACGCUGCUUUCUUCAUCAUCCUUAUUCAAUGUGAAAUCUAGUAGUAUGACUAGAAAAAGUGGACAACGUGCUCCUUUAUCAGAAUUCACUAACACCAUUCCGGUCAAUAAUGUUAACUGUAAUGAUCCGAAGUUUCACAGCAUUAAACUGACUUCAGUAUUAUCUGAUGGUAAAAUCGGCAGUGUACUUGGCAAACAUCUAGGUACACCAGUGAUUGACAAGUUUCUCCGUGAUUUAACUGAGAAACAAAAUGUUGCGUGA